AUGUUGAGCUCCGAGAAAACAGAAGCACCCUUGAGCCUUUUUGUGCGUUCUUCUUAUACGCGUGUCUUCUUAACAUCCGUUGAUCAACCAUCAUGUAACGAUCUACCACCACUACCAUCAUCAACAAUUAAACGUAUUGGUCGACUAAUAUUAAGUAUUGAAUCAAGCAUUUUUGAUACAUUAUCAGUCAUCUCUGCAACACCAGGAGUAUCACAAGAAGAUAGAGACGAAAUCUUGUAUCUAUUAGUUGAUGAAUGUGUAUUAAUGUAUACAGACCAAAUGUUUCAUGGCUGUUGCAAUGACGAGACGGAUGGGUAUAUUAAAAUAAUAUCAGAUAAUAUUAGUCUGCAAUUUCAAGUCAAAUUGAUUAAGUUUGGUAUCACUGAUAUUGAAACAUAUUUAAAUACAACAAAAAAGUUCAUCAACAGAAUUAAAGAGAAAGUUAAUGGGCGAACCAUCAAAUUAUUAAAUGAAAUAAAAUAUUAUCAGAAUAACAACCCAUAUUUAACCGAUAUUAGUGUGAAUAAUUCAAAUGUUCAUCCGGCUCCAUCUGAUUAUAUUACAAGACACACAUAUUUUGACCUAAAGCAGGGACCAUUGCAAAACAUUACGAAUAAUAUGGAGAUUGAAUCAUCAGCACCAGCAAAAAUUGCUCGUUUAGAACUACCCAAAACACAUACAUUACCAAAUAAUGAAAACAUAGAACUGCCGUUUGAUGUAAUAAUAGUAGAAAAAGCUGAAGAAAGUAUUAUUGUGAAUACCAAAUCACCAUCGAAACAAAAAUGA